AUGUCCCGGCUGGCCGUGGUGUGCGGCGGCUCCAGGGGCAUCGGGGGGGCCGUGUCCCGUCUGCUGGCCGAGAGGGGCUGCAGGGUGGCGGUCGUCUCCAGGAGCGAAGAGGCGGCCCGGGCCGCCGUGGCGUCUCUACGAGGAGUCGGCCACGUGGCUCUGGGCUGCGACGUCUCCGAGCAGCAGGAGGUGCAGAGGAGCUUCGUGGAGAUCCAGAAGACGUGCGGAGACGUCUCGUAUCUCGUGAACGCGGCCGGCGUCAACAGGGACGCUCUGCUGCUGAGGACCAAGCCGGAGGACAUGGUGGCCGUGCUUCACACCAACCUGCUGGGCAGCAUGCUGACCUGCAGGGCGGCGCUGCGCAGUAUGCUGCGCACUCCGGGAGCCGCCAUCGUUAACAUCGGCUCCGUCGUGGGCCUGAGAGGCAGCGCCGGCCAGUGUGUCUACAGCGCCAGUAAAGCCGGUCUGCAGGGCUUCACGCUCUCUCUGGCCAAAGAAGUCGCUUCACGCAACGUCAGAGUCAACCUGCUGGCUCCAGGUUUCAUCCGCACCGACAUGACCGCCGGGCUGACGGAGGAGGACGCGGCGCGCUCCGUCCCGCUGGGGAGGUUCGGAGAGCCGGAGGAGGUGGCCCGGGCCGCCCUCUUCCUGCUGGAGUCGCCCUACGUCACCGGACAGGUGCUGGUGGUGGACGGAGGUCUGCAGCUGGCCAUGUAGGGGGAAGAAGGGUCCUUUCUCUGUGAUAGAAACAUUCACACACUGACACCCUGUGGCCUCGUGUGAGGUUGUGAGACUUUUAGGACGCGAUGCGAGUGGUCGCACUGCUUCAUCAUGAUGUUGAGCGUCCUGGAAGGAUUUCAUGCUGCAUUCAACGUGCUGUGGUAUUAAGAUCUUUUCCUGGUGUGCCAACGGAGACGCAACGUCAGCAGUUUUUUUUCCUUUACAACCAGCCAGAAGAUCUGAAAAAAAAAUAAUAAAA